AUGCGGUACGCAUCUUUGGCUGGCUCUCAUACCAAUGCAGCUUUGAGAGCCCUCCGCCGCGAAGUGAAACUCCCACAAGAUCAUGGAUCCGGUCCCCUGGCACUGGAAGGCAAACUGUCGAUGGCCCGAGCUCGAUCUCAUGACCCACAGCUGUACAAGGCAGCUGAGGAAGGCAUGAUCUGGCGGAUUGUGUCCAAGGAAGCUGCAGCGAUCGAAGGUGUGCCACAGCUGAUCCAGGCAGCAUCCAAUACCUCCGGCCACUUGCAGCGGGGAGAGCAUGAGUGGCAAAUCUUGCUGCGCAUGAAGGGUAUGAUUGAAAGGUCCACCCAACCUCCAGAGUGGGCCCAAGUUCGCAAAGAUGUCAUGAGGACAAAGCCAGCCUGCGCUGAAGCCACCCCCUACAUGUAUCAGUUCUUGCUCAAGUACAUGCAUAAGAGUUUGCUGGCAAAGGUUGAGAGCAGGGUCAAGAAGAAUGUGAGCACGAAGAAGGUGCUCGGGACAGAGUUCUUUGUGAACUUGUCGGGCACGUCGAAGGAUUGGCAGGCGCAGCAUGUUUGGUUUCGGCAUGCUUUGCUUGGCCUAGCCUACAACUCAGAGAAGUUGGUUGGGGCCAGUGAUGCCCGACGAAUCUUGUCCAAAGAGAUGUCCCCAGCCGUGGCAAAGGCGGAAGGGUUGAUGAUCAAAAUGCAGAAGCUCUUGGACAGCGUCAGUAUUCCGGACGAAUCCGCACAGCAGGUUCAAACUUGUUUUGAGAAAUUCCAAGAUGGCUUGGUCUUGGAAGUCCUUGAGAAGCGCAAGGAUUUGACUCCUCAAUCCAUGGCGUGCGAGUUCAUGGAUGAACUUCAGGAGGCUCUUGGAAAGAGGCUUUCCACCGAGUUCGAUGCCCAUAGGAAGCCUGAGAGCUCCACCCCAUCAGCUCCUGCGGCAAGCCCGG